AUGCUCAUUCAUGGAUGAGUGAUUUGACUUGAUUUUUUCAUGUUGGCAGAUGGAUUAGGAACUAAGAUCAAUGAAGAUGGGAUUGCUUAUUAUAACAAUCUGAUCAAUUACCUACUUGAAAAAGGUAUACAGCCUUAUGUUACACUAUAUCAUUGGGAUCUUCCAUAUUUUCUUCAUGAAUCAAUGGGGGGAUGGCUGUCGGAGAAGAUUGUGCAAUAUUUUGCACUAUAUGCUGAAGCAUGUUUUGAGAAGUUUGGAGACAGAGUGAAGCACUGGAUUACAAUCAACGAACCACGUCAAACAGCUGUGAAUGGAUAUGGUUAUGGUUUCUUUGCUCCUGGAAGAUGUGAAAAUUCAUCUGCGGAACCUUAUUUGGCUGCUCAUCACCAACUUUUGGCUCAUGCAGCUGCUGUUGCUGUAUACAGGAAGAAAUAUAAGGAUGCUCAAGGUGGUGUAAUUGGCCUGACAAUUGAUUGUGAAUGGGCAGAGCCAUUUUCUGACAAGUUGGAAGAUAAAAUUGCUGCUGAUACGUGGCUGGACUUUCAACUUGGAUGGUAUUUGGAUCCAAUUUACUAUGGGGACUACCCCUUGGCCAUGCGUGAGCGUGUAGGAGAUCUGCUUCCAAAAUUAUCAGAGGCAGAUAAGGAGUUACUGCAGAAUGCAACUGACUUUGUUGGUCUGAACCACUAUACAACCAGAUUUGUUGCUCAUGCAGAAAACCAAAGAGAUAUUCAUUUCUAUCAAGUACAAGAAUCAGAGAGGAUAGCUAAAUGGCAAAGUGGUGAACCAAUUGGUCAAAGGGCUGCAUCAGAAUGGCUCUACGUAGUUCCUUGGGGCUUCCAGAAGGUUCUUAACUAUAUAGCAAAGCGUUACCACAAUCCUCCAUUAUAUGUCACCGAGAAUGGCAUGGAUCAAGAAGAAACCGAAACAGCAAGUCUUGAAGAGGUCCUAGAUGAUAAAAUGAGAGUCAGAUACUAUCAGACAUACCUUGCAGCAGUUGCACAAGCAAUCAGGGAUGGUGUUGAUGUUCGUGGAUAUUUUGCAUGGUCAUUCUUGGACAAUUUUGAGUGGGCCGAAGGAUAUACUAAAAGGUUUGGACUGGUCUACGUUGAUUAUAAGAAUGGUCUUACAAGGUACCCAAAAUCAUCAGCACUUUGGUUUUCAAGCUUCUUGAAGGCUAAUGAGCAAGAUGUUGUGAAGGAGAUCAACCAAGCCUAAGACCUAAUGCUAAGAUGUGAACACACUUGUAAUCUCAUCUCUUCAUGUUACUAUGCAGACAAUGUCUUAUAUAGUCUCUGCUCAAUUGAUCAUGCUACUUGACUGACAUGAUUAAGUUUGUUGGGACUUUAUCUGCUUGUUAUCGUUGUUGAUUUGGGCAGUAAAAUUCCUGAGAUACAUUAGCCUAUAUUAGAUAAACAUAUUGGCUUAGAUGUGAAACUUCAGUUUUCUGGGGCUAAUGUAUCUCCGAUUAUCCAACAACAACAACAAGCUGAAAUGUCUCAACUAUUUGGGGCAAUUAUACAUUAGGAUGUUUUCAUCUCAAAUAAUUGUUGACAAAAUGGGAAAGAAAGCAUUGGCUGUGGCCAUGCAAUUUCAUC